AUUGAAACCGAGUUUGGGACAUGGUCGUGGUCGUGACCAAGCCGUCGGACGCGGCCGUGGCCAAGCCGCUGACAUGCAUCCCGAAGCGGGCCUCGACGUACGUGCCAGGGCUCGCACCGUCCAGUCGUCGAGGCGUGGCCAAGCCCCAUCGGCAGUCGGCGGCGGUGACGUACGAGUCGCGAAAGCUGCCCCCUCUUGCUCGCGGCGCCGAGGCCACGCCGCACCGGCCAUCUUUCCUCGCGUCGUCUUGGCACAAGGUGCGCAUUCGAGGCUCAUUGAAGAACCUUCGGCGGUCGUUGGAGCCGCGGUCGGCCGAGCGCGCGGCAGCGCCCUCACGUCGCAUGUCGCUGGGCCUCGGGCGCGUCAACCGCAAGGAAAAAAUCGUCGCUCGCUUCGUGCUGCAGCUGCAGCUCGCCGUGCUCAAGAAGGCGACGGCCACGAUGCACUUGCACUUGAAGGACGACCCGCACACGGCGCACGACCUCGAGACGCGCAUUGGCGACUGGACGCUCGAUGGCACGUUCCGCCAGCUCAAUCGACGCAUCUUUGCCAACGCCAUGGUCGGCCUCGCUCUCGGCCUCUACGAAAUGCAAAUCGCAUGGGACGCUGCCUUGAAGGACGGCGCGACGCAGCGCAUUGAGCUCAUAGCUUCGGCCCAAGGCACGAUCCUCAAGCUCGUGCUCUCGGCGUCCACGCUGCUUUUGAUCAAGCAGCUGCUUACGAUGUACGGGCUUCUGGUCAAAGAAGCGCACGCGAUGUCGGGGUCGGCCAUCUUUCCGCAGCUGCCACCGCCUUGGCCGCGCCAUCUAGUGCUCCGCUUUGCGCUGGAAGUAGCUGUCGUGGCCAUUCACCCUCCACCGUUCCUUGACGCCUACAUACACGAAACCGCGAGCUGCAUGAUGUUUCUACGGCUCUACUUGGUCGCACGCGUGCUUCGGGACCAUGCGACAGUCUACCAGCGGCGGAAGGACAUUGUGCAGAAUCGCUUUCUGAAUGCGCAGAGUCCACACUUCAACUGGUUCUUCGUCGUGCAAAUCGGGUUUCGCCAGUCGCCGCUACUGGUCAUCGCGUGCACCACAAUUACGAUCUGGGCCGCGCUCACCACGUGCAUCUACGAGCUCGAGCGCGCGUACCAGCCCCACGUAUUUACGCUCAAGAAUGCCGCAUGGUUCACCUACUCGCUCCUCACCGUCCACAGCCCCGGGUUCCACCCGAUCUCGUCGCGAGGUCAUAUCGUCGCUGGUAUCUUGGUGUUGUCGGGACUCCUCUUUGAGACGCUCAUGGUGGUCGCAGUCUUGCAGCUCAUCGGUCUGGACGCUAAAGACCGCGUCUUGCUCGCCUACCUUCAAGACACAGAGACGCGAGAUGCGCUCCGGCACCGCGCCCGAGGGGUCCUGAGAGCAUGGCUCAGCUGGCGGCUCGCGCAACGACGUUAUGGUGGAACCAAGCGCGUCGACCGCCACGAACACCAGUUCUGGCACGCCGUCGAGCGCCUCCAUAUCGUCAAGAACGCUCGCGAGCUUGCGGCCGAGUCGACUCCGAUCGCCGACACCCUAAGCUGCGUCGAAGGUCACGUGCGGCGGAUGGCGCAGACGCUUCGCGGGCCUCUCUGCCCCCGCUGCCAUGGCGUUACCCUUACCAAAAGAGAGAUACCCAAAACACUGCCUUCGGAGCUCCGGGAGUUGCAAGCCAACUACGACAUUAUUCUCGCGCAGCAGCGGGAGAUGCUAUCUUUGCUUCACAAGCUCUCUGCCGCGCCCUCCUGA